AUGGACGAUGGUAGUUCAAGGAAAAGAAACUCAGAAAAUGUCAUCAAUCCGUCCAAGCAGUUAUUCGCCUGCCUUGCAGUAAUCGGCUGCAGCCGCUGGGUAUCAGCGCGUCCUGAUGUCAGCUUGGGCUAUCGCUAUAGUGCCGGGUUCAAUAGCGGCAGCAGCGGCGGCGCGUUAUUGACUGCCCCCUUGACAACCACAUCCACCAGCACCUCAUACCAGCCAACAGCCUCAGGAAACACCUACUACAACACCAUCCCAAGCAUUGGCCAAGUGAACGUGGGCUCUGCUGGUUUCGUGCCCAGCACACAGGUCAUUAGCAGCUCUGGCGGCGGCGGCGGCGGCGCCGGAAGCCAAAUCACUCAGAGUUACACAUCAAGCGGCAACAGUGACAGCAUUGGCUUGACCGGCCUGAAAACAGGACCGAACAUUAAUUACGGCGAACAGGAGGCUUAUCUCAGCCACCUGGUUAACUUCCAGCCUGCGGUUGUGAGCAAGCACUUCUACAUCCAUACCGCACCCGAGGAUCACGAUGAGCAGCAAAUUGUGCGUCAUGUGACCAUUGGACGCCCGCAGAAGAACUACCGUGUGGUCUUCAUCAACGCGCCCUCGUCGAGCGCCAGUAAGGCCAAAAUUAUCGCCAAUGUGGCACCGGUCGAGGAUAAGACUGCCAUUUACGUGUUGUCGAAGAAAUCGAAUGCCUUGGAUGUCAGUGCCGAGGUUGUCACACCGGCUCCUGUUAACAACAAACCAGAGGUGUUCUUCAUCAAGUACAAGACUCCACAGGAGGCGCAGCACGCCCAACAGACCAUCCAGGCCCAAUAUGACUCUCUCGGCGGAAGCUCGCAGGUAAGCGAUGAGGGUCUUGUUCCCGUUUCCUCGGUCAUUGGCAGCCUAGGAGACAACGGUGCUUCGGGCGUGAUUGCUGACGGAAAUGGUGGCGUCAACAUUAUCGGCACCGGCGGCAUUCCAGUGAAUGCUGGUGGUAGCGACAGCGGCAGCGGCAGCAGCACCAGCUCCGUUCAAAUCAUCGGUGGCAACACUGGGGGCUAUGAUGCCGCCGGUAGUGGCAUCAGUCAGUUGGGCUACAAGGUUGUCCAGCACACUGGAGAUAACACGCAGGCCACCUAUUUGCCUGUGGCGCAAAAGUAA